CAGUCUCUGUGUAACCUGAGGUAUAACGUACGCAGAGGGACACUCAAUACCUGGGCUAUAACGAACCCAGCGACACUUAACACCUGGGAUAUAACAUACCAAGCUACUGAAAGCCUAACGGGAUUAAUCAGACUGUAACAUCAUGUCUGCUCUUAAAGUAGCAAAAAGCUGUCGGCCAUUUCUCAGGCCAAAAUAUCAGCCCCUGGUGAUACAGACUGCCACGUCAGUUAACCUUUUUGAUGUAGACAAAAAGGGUGGAUACAGGAAUGAUUUGACGGAUAAUAGUAGGAAGCAUAUAAUUGACACGGCAAAGUCAUGGAGGGGUGAACUGAAGAAAUUCAGAAACGAAUUGAAAGACAUAUUACAUUUACGUCACUUGGACAGGUGGAAUCAAGGUCAUGGAACUUAUGACUAUUUGUGGAAGUUUGGUGGUCAGCAGAGCAUUGAAAACUGGACACUGACAGCAGACAGAGACAACCUGGAGGGUAAGAGUUCAGCAAACCUGACAGUCAGUAAGGAUAAUAAUGCUCUUUUCCAUGGAUAUCUCUGUCAGGAAGUGCCCCAGGAUGGUGUCUCAAAGAGCGCUGGAUACUGCAAUAUAAGAUCUCCUUCUAAUUAUAUUUCAUUCAGGAGGAAACAAGUCAUCGAAGAUAUAGGAUGCUACACUCAUCUAGUGAUGCGUGUACGAGGGGACGGAAGACCCUAUUUUAUUAACCUUAUGAUGAAACGGACAUUUGACAUAACAUGGGCUGACCAGUACAACUACAAUUUAUAUACUAGAGGCGGACCCUACUGGCAAACAGCAAAGAUUCCAUUCUCCAAAUUUUUUUUCUCCAACAAAGGCCGUACCCAGGAUAGCCAGGAAAUGCUUGACCUUCACAACGUAGAAAACAUCGGGAUCACAAUUGCCGACAGUGUGGAGGGGCCAUUCAAACUCGAGAUCGACUAUAUAGCUGUUUUAAAUGAUGCAAAUCACUUAGAAGAAACUGCUUAUGAGGACUAUGGUUUUACUUUCUGAAAUGUAUUCCACAUUGUUUAACAUGGUAGAUCUAUUAAGGCAAGGCAAUGGAGUGACUGAGAAAUAUGCUGGAAUCUUUGUAAUUAUAUACAACUAAAAACUUGUUCAGGCUGAUUUAAAACUAGUAAGUAUAUGUUUCUGCACAUUUGAAAGUGGACAAGGAGUGUCCAUGAUGACUGCUUGCCGUGUAAAGUUGUGUGUGUGUCUCUACCUGACCUUUGUUUGUAAAGUUGUGUGUCUCUACCUGACCUUUGUUUGUAAAGUUGUGUGUGUGUCUCUACCUGACCUAUGUUUGUAAAGUUGUGUGUGUCUCUACCUGACCUUUGUUUGUAAAGUUGUAUGUGUAUUUCUACCUGACCUUUGUUUGUAAAGUUGUGUGUGUCUCUACCUGACCUUUGUUUGUAAAGUUGUAUGUGUAUUUCUACCUGACCUUUGUUUGUAAAGUUGUGUGUGUCUCUACCUGACCUUUGUUUGUAAAGUUGUGUGUGUGUCUCUCCCUGACCUAUGUUUGUAAAGUUGUGUGUCCCUACCUGACCUUUGUUUAUAAAUUGUAUUUGUGUCUCUACCUGACCUUUAUUUGUAAAGUUGUGUGUCUCUCCCUGACCUUUGUUUGUAGAGUUGUGUGUCUCUACCUGCCCUUUGUUUGUAAAUUGUAUGUGUGUCUCUACCUGACCUUUGUUUAUAAAUUGUAUGUGUGUCUCUACCGGACCUUUAAUAAUAUCUAAUAUGAAGUGUAAUAAAUUCAUGACGUUAAACUG